GGAUAACGGCCAAACGAGCUCAAUCUUUCAAAUAAACCUCGUUAUCUUCAUUGCGCUAUCAACCCCUCCCAAGGGAGGAGGGAGAUCCACGAUAGAAAGCGCGCGCUUACAAGGGGGAUCGCUUAUUGGCUGAUGCCUUUGGCCAUGGGCGUAUCGGCGUAACUUUUGUCUCCUUCGGACUUCGGCUCGGUGCGUAACCGCCUGUUUGAUGCGCGGCUGCCUAAACCAGAAUGUGAUAGGCUCUUUCGGACGUCACUUAAGGACUCUCUCCGCCUCGUACUUUUUAAAACGCGCCCCGUCGCUCCGAUAGGCAAAGUGAUUGGCUUUGGGGUCUAUCAUUCAGUAGCGUGACGUAAAAGGCAAUGGCGGAGGGUUGUUGGCUCAAUCGGCACUCUAGGAAAGGAGGUGUGUCUCGCGCUGCCACGGAAGGCGGGCCCUUUGGCGUUUCCUUUGUGUGUGGGCACCAGUGGCCGGUUGCGAGCGCGCCUGAGGAGGAGUAGAAGCCGCCGCCGCCAUUUUGUACGUUUCCUUUCCCCACCCCCUUUCCCCGUUCUCUGCCGGUGGAACUGGGCCGACCUGUCCCGCGACGAACAUUGCCUCGUAACGCCUGUCGAUCUUUGUCCGGCGGCAGCUGCCCCCUACCGGCGGCAGCAGUAGCAGCGAGGAGGCGUGUGACGGCCGCGGCUCCGGCAUGGAGAACUCCCAGCUUUGUAAGCUGUUCAUUGGCGGCCUGAAUGUGCAGACGACGGAAGCUGGGCUCCGAGAAUACUUCGAGGCCUACGGGACCCUGACCGACUGCGUGGUUGUGCUCAAUCCGCAGACCAAGCGCUCCCGAUGCUUCGGCUUCGUCACUUACUCGGCCGUGGAGGAAGCCGAUGCCGCCAUGGCUGCCUCCCCGCACGCUGUCGACGGCAACGUGGUGGAGCUGAAGCGGGCUGUCUCCCGCGAGGACUCGGCCCGGCCCGGCGCCCACGCGAAAGUGAAGAAACUGUUCGUCGGGGGCCUCAAGGGGGACUUGGGGGAGAACGACCUGGUGGAGCACUUCAGCCAGUUCGGCCCCGUGGAAAAGGCCGAGAUCAUCUCCAACAAGCAGAGCGGCAAGAAGCGGGGCUUCGGCUUCGUCUACUUCCAGAACCACGACGCCGCUGACAAGGCGGCAGUGGUCAAAUUUCACCCCAUCCAGGGCCACCGGGUGGAGGUCAAGAAGGCCGUGCCGAGGGAAGACAUCCAGGCAGGAGGCGGGGGCUCUUCCAGGUCGAGCUGGGGCGGACGGGGAAGAGGAAGGGGCGGAGGCCAGCACCAAUCCUCCUACGGCCCUAUGAAGAGCGGCGGUGCGGGUGGAGGCGGGGGCGGCAGCUGGGGGCCCCGCAGUAACAGUGGACCAUACAGAGGCGGUUAUGGCGGGGGAGGUUAUGGAGGCGGCUCUUUCUAAGCGGGAAUUCCCACCGAUCCUUCUGGGGAUGUCAGUUUUGUCUGCAUGGAGUAUGCUCUCCGUUUGUACCGGGCCAGGCCAGGUUUUCAAUACUUCCCCUACUCUUCGCCUAAAGGCACCUUCAUACAAAAGGUUCCAGUGAUGCGAAGCAGAUCUCGAAUAUUCCUGAUGGGGUCGCUCUGCUGCCUGUGUCACUUUCUGAAGAUGUACUGGGUCUUUCACACAACGAUUUUGUGUUAGUCAUUGAUGGACUCUAUUUUUUUAUUGCUUGGACAUUAGUCGUUUUUUAUACUAGGAACAAGAUAUUGUUUUAAUUUUGGUUUAUUUGGGGUUGGGAGGGAAAGUCAUGAUUCUGAAGUAAAACUUGGGAGGGAAAGGGGAAUUAACUUUGUAAGGACUUGGAAUAUCUACACAAUUUUUUUCUACAAAAUUACUCUGAUUCCAUGGCUGUAAAAGGGGUUAAAUCGUUUUUACAUUUUUAUUUUUUAAAUAAAUCAUUGUGUUCAUUGACCUUUACAUGUCUUUUUUCCUAGGUUUCAUUCCGUACAUUUCAAACAAAAGUUUGUUAAGUCAGAGAAAGUAUUUCUUCUCGAGUAGCUACAUGUGUUAGGAAAAAAAAAUCGCUUUAUUUCAAGUAAAGUGCUCAACUCUUUUGCUGCCCCACUACAUUGGUUUUCUUACUACUAAAGAUUUUGUGCCAGUUUUUGAAAUGUCUUGGUGGAUGAAGUUGGUUAAAAUACCUUAUUCUACAUCCACAGUUUUGCAAUUGGGCAGUUGCCUUGCACAUACAGUUGGUCUGUUCUUUUGUAUAGGGAGUUAUCCGUAAAAAAUGUUCUAACACAUUUAAAGCAUGUGCUUUUUUAUAUACAUGUUCAAAAUUUCAGAUUUUUCAGUUUCACAUUGUGUUAUUUAUUGGCUUGUCUGUAACAAUCCAUUUUUACAGGGGAGAAUGCUUUCCCUUCUAAUAAGUACUUUGUUUGCAUAGUGAAGUCAUUUCAACUGGAUACUAUCUUAAUUGUUCUUAUUAAAGAAGCCAAGUAUUAAAUAGAGUGCCAUCUGCUGGCAGACUAGUUGACCUUUGUGUAAGUUUUACUAAAAGAGAACAAAUUGGCUCUCAGACUUGUAGACCAUUAGAUUUUUAGAUGGCAAGGAUUAAACUAACAUGCCAAUAAAAUGCAUUGGCUGAAAUGACACAUUAAAAUACAAGAAAGUAAAAUUCUUGAUCAGUUUAAGUAUUCAAUUUUUAAAUUUUGUGCUCGGUGAACAAUAAAUGAGCCAGUAACUUAGGCCAAUUGUAAAUCAAACUUUCUGUAGUCUGCUUGAUGUAUUUGUAGCCCUUUCACACAGUAGAAUUAACGUUUGUUGUUCUAUUAACAAUGUUCUAGAGAGAAACUGACUUCCUGAAUAGAAAUAUAGAAUAGUUAUGAAUAUUGCAAAUAAAGAAUUGAAUUCUU